UGGAGCCUUAACCCGUCCACAUCCCGGCUGUUCUCGCCGUCGCCGGGGCAAGUGUCGCGAGACUUGGUUGCCUUGGCUCCCUGUAGCUAUAGCAGCCGCGGCGGUUCAGGAUGCGACGGCGGGAGCGCUCUCUGGUACAGCUGGCUGUUCUAGUCCCAGAAGGAAAGAGCUCUCUGAAGACCUGGUUGAGACGAUAAAGACAUUUGAGUCAUAUUGAAAGGUGCAGCCAGAAACAUCAGCAAGAUACCACUGGGACAAGCUUCUUGGCUUUGAGGGACUUUUCCGUGUUCAGAGUUGAUUUUAUGCUACAGAGGAUGAUGAGACCAGGCAGCAGAGGGCCAGGAAAGUUACUUUGGGCUCCUGCUUACCCGUCUGCCUCUGCCUCUGCCUCUGCCUCUGCCUCUGCCUCUGCCUCCUGGUUGGGACCAUCUUCAGUGCACAAGCAGAGCAAGCCUGAAGAGCAUGUCUCCCUUUGAUCCUGGGUCUUGAUCCUGCUACAGUUGAGUCCAUAUGUCUCACCUGGAUGCUUUGGAGGCUGUUCAAGAAAAAUAGAAGGAAGCAACCUAAGAACUUCUCUGCAUUAGUCCUGUGCCGUGUUACUUUUGAACACUGGAGCAGGUGAAGGACGGCUUUGUCAUCCGGAUCUAAGAGGAUACCUGAAGUCCUUGAGCUUAUAUAUAUGAAGGUUAUAAAUCCAGUCUUUCAAUAUAACCCCACUCAAUUCUGGAUUUUCUUUUUUUUGAGGACUUCAGCAGACAAAAAUUCCAGUGAAAAAGAGAAAAAACUCUUUUUGUGUGCUUUCAAGCUAAAUGUGAACAAUAAUGUCUUGGAAAAGAAAUUAUUUUUCAGGGGGCCGAGGGAGUGUCCAAGGGAUGUUUGCACCUCGAAGCUCAACCUCCAUAGCCCCCAGCAAAGGCCUCAGUAAUGAGCCAGGGCAAAACAGCUGCUUUCUCAACAGUGCUCUGCAGGUUUUGUGGCACUUGGACAUCUUCCGGCGUAGCUUUAGGCAGCUCACAACUCACAAGUGCAUGGGAGACUCCUGCAUCUUUUGUGCUCUUAAGGGGAUCUUUAACCAGUUUCAGUGUAGCAGCGAGAAAGUGCUUCCAUCUGACACUCUCCGCAGUGCCCUGGCAAAGACUUUCCAGGAUGAACAACGCUUCCAGCUGGGAAUUAUGGAUGAUGCUGCAGAAUGCUUUGAAAAUCUCCUGAUGAGAAUUCACUUCCACAUUGCUGAUGAAACCAAAGAGGAUAUAUGUACUGCCCAACACUGCAUUUCUCACCAGAAAUUUGCAAUGACACUGUUUGAGCAGUGUGUAUGUACUAGCUGUGGUGCCACUUCGGACCCGCUGCCUUUCAUCCAGAUGGUGCAUUACAUCUCUACUACUUCCCUGUGGCUCAGUACUGGCCAGCAAAGUGGGAGGAAAAAUGGGGAUUCUAUGAGCUUUGGAUUUUGGGACAGCAAUCAGGCUAUUUGUAUGCUAGAAAAGCGAGAAAAGCCUUCACCAAGUAUGUUUGGUGAGCUGCUUCAGAAUGCCAGCACAAUGGGGGACCUGCGGAACUGUCCGAGCAACUGUGGAGAGAGGAUCCGCAUUCGCCGGGUGUUGAUGAAUGCACCACAGAUUAUCACAAUUGGGCUGGUAUGGGAUUCAGACCAUUCGGACUUGGCAGAGGAUGUCAUUCACAGUCUGGGCACCUGCCUUAAGCUAGGCGAUCUGUUUUUCAGAGUCACAGAUGACCGGGCCAAGCAAUCUGAACUGUACUUAGUAGGAAUGAUCUGCUAUUAUGGCAAACAUUAUUCUACAUUUUUUUUUCAAACUAAAAUCCGCAAAUGGAUGUAUUUUGAUGAUGCUCAUGUCAAGGAGAUUGGCCCGAAAUGGAAGGAUGUGGUAACCAAAUGCAUCAAGGGUCAUUACCAGCCUCUGCUGCUGCUUUAUGCUGACCCCCAGGGUACCCCGGUAUCUACCCAGGACCUGCCUCCCCAAGCUCAGUUCCCGUUGUACAGCAGGACAUGCUAUGAUAGUGAAGAUUCUGGGAGGGAGCCCUCCAUCUCAAGUGACACUCGAACAGAUUCUUCAACGGAGAGCUAUCCCUACAAACACUUUCACCAUGAGUCUGUGGUCAGUCACUUCUCUUCUGAUUCUCAGGGAACAGUCAUCUAUAAUGUGGAGAAUGAUUCCAUGUCCCAGAGCAGUCGGGACACAGGACACCUGACUGAUAGUGAAUGUAACCAGAAACACACAUCAAAGAAAGGGUCCCUAGUAGAGCGCAAGAGGAGCUCUGGCCGUGUUAGAAAGAAAGGUGACGAGCCACAGGCCUCAGGAUACCACAGCGAAGGAGAAACAUUGAAAGAGAAACAGGCUCCUAGAAAUGCCUCCAAGUUAUCCAGCAGCACUAGCAGACUGAGGGACUUCAAAGAGACAGUCAGUAAUAUCAUCCACAACAGACCAUCCUUGGCUCCUCAAACCAAUGUGGCUUCUUCCUUUGCGGGGAGGGGAGGAGACCAGCCUGACAGGAAACCUCCUCGGACCUUGUCUGUACACUCUCAUGACUGGGAAAUAGAAAGUACAAGCAGUGAGUCAAAAUCCAGUUCUUCCAGCAAGUAUCGCCCAACAUGGAGACCCAAACGAGAGUCUCUGAAUAUUGACAGUAUUUUUAGUAAGGACAAAAGGAAACAUUGUGGCUAUACUCAGCUUAGCCCCUUUUCUGAGGAUUCAGCUAAAGAAUUUACACCAGAUGAAGUAAGCAAGCCACCUGCGUAUGACAUUAAAGCUGGAUCAAGCUCCCAGGACAAGCCCUGGGGCCCAGGUCGGCCAGGCUCUCUUUUAGAGCAACAUCCUCGCCUCAUCCAGCGAAUGGAAUCUGGCUACGAGAGCAGUGAGAGGAACAGCAGCAGCCCUGUCAGCUUGGAUGCAUCCCUGCCUGAGAGCUUGACUGUCUGCAGGGAUCCAAGUGCAAAAAGAUCAUUUGGGUUUGUCCCUUCUUGGCGUCAUAUCCCCAAGUCUCACAGCAGUAGCAUCCUAGAGGUGGACUCCACAGCAUCCAUGAGUGACUGGACAAAGACUCAACCCCUCUCUGGUGGAGAAGUGUCCUCUAAAAGUGAACUGGAUGAACUUCAGGAAGAGGUGGCCAGGAGGGCCCAGGAACAGGAACUUUGGAGGAAACGGGAGAAGGAAUUGGAGGCUGCUAAAGGGUUUAACCCUCAUCCCAGCCGCUACAUGGACUUGGAUGAACUGCAGAAUCAGGGGAGGAGUGACGGCUUUGAGAAGUCCUUGCAAGAGGCAAAUUCAGUGCUUGAAGAGUCACUGCACCUGGAACAAAGGGGAGAGUGUGCUGCAGCUCUGGCUCUCUGUAACGAAGCUAUCUCUAAACUAAGACUUGCCUUGCAUGGUGCCAGCUCUAGCACGCACAGCAGAGCCCUAGUCGAUAAGAAGUUGCAAAUCAGUAUUCGAAAAGCACGGAGCCUGCAGGAUCGCAUGCAGCAGCAACAACCAUCGCAGCAACCGGUGCAGCCCUCAGCCUGUCUCCCAGCGCAGGGGGUCACCCUCCCUCAGCCAACCAGUGAACAGUCUAUCCCGUUCCAAGUAUUGUUAAGCCAGGAGACCCAACUGGAACCCUGCAAGGAUAAAGAGUUUGGGGCCAGUUCUUCUUUCUUCCACUCACCUGCUUCCUGCCAUGAGUCUCAUUCAUCACUAUUCCCAGAGUCACCUGCUCCAUCUGUCUCACAGCACAGUUCUCCUAGUACAUCUGCCUUGAAGCUUCCAACUUCAGUUGAGGUAGAUAGCAUUGAUCCCUCAGCAUUCCAGAGGCAGGGUUUACCUGAAACAACAGGGAGGAUUGAGAUGAUUUCUCACCACAAGUGUCUCCCAUUGGAUGCCCUUGAGGGAAAGCUGCAAGGCCACAGGGAAGAUAACAGCAUCUGCAGUAAGCUCCCUCCACAAGAAGGAAAGGGCGUUGCUCAAGAACAGCGGUUCCAAGAAAAGACUCCUGCUGAUGCAUCCCUGGUGAUGCCUUGGUCACACUCGACAGGAGAAGCCUCCUUGGAGAGAGGAGAGAAACAUACCUUAGGCUAUAGUCCUUCAAGCUCAUCAGCUCAGCCCAGCAUUCCCCCUUCCAGGGCCUGUCACUCUGUGAUGCCUACUGCUUCUUCACCUGUGCUUCACUCUCCUGAUCCUGCGCACAAGACUGACCAGUGUUUCCAAGCCCCAUUGACUUCAAAAGUGGAUGGAAUCAGUGAGGAGCUCUAUAGGCCAGACUUUCCCAGCACAAAGGGACUUGUCCGCUCUCUGGCAGAACAGUUCCAGAGGAUGCAGGGUGCCUCUGCAAAGGGUGUUAUAAGCUCCCAGGAUCGAGGUUUGCCAAAUGGUCCAAGGAAGAGCUCUUUCCAUUCUGACUUUAAGCCUUCUUUCCUCCAGGGUUCAGGGAAAGGCCACUGUCCAUGGGUAAAACAUCAGCCCUCCCUGGAUGGUAGGGAAAGUCUGCCUUCCUGGGAAGAACCUGCUGACCAUUCUUCUCUUGCCAUGGAUUCAGGGUUGCCCAAUGGUGAAACCUGUAGGGGAAGACAGCCCAGGAUAGUAGAGCUAGGUAGACACCAAGGGAAACUGCCCCAAGUGACAGAUGGUAGGCCCAAGGAGCUGGGUAGCAAUGGCAACUUGGGGACUACUUUGCCUUUGGAUUCCUGGGUGAAUGUCACAAGGCUCUGUGAUUCUCAGGUUAAACAUAGGGUCCCUGGGCCAGGAGUCAAGUCCUCCCCUCAUGAUUCCCACACCUGUGUAACUUACCCAGAGAGAAAUCACAUCCUUCUGCAUCCACAUUGGAACCAAGACACAGAGCAGGAGACCUCUGAAUUAGAAUCUCUUUACCAGGCUAGUCUUCAGGCCUCUCAAGCUGGCUCUUCUGGAUGGAGGCAGCAGGACGUGGCUUGGCAUCCUUUUAGCCAGGCAGGCUCUGCAGAUGGCGUGGGGAGGAGAUUGCACUCAGCCCCUGGUCUUGAUCUUUCAAAGACCCCAACAGCGGAAAUGGAGCACAUUCUCCAAGGAGCGAGCACAGUGCCUGCAGCUCAGGUAGAUUCAUCAAACGUGAGGAAAAAGACUUUGGAAACCGGGCACCAUUGUUCCAGCUCCUCUUCCCUCCCUGCCAUCCAUGACCCUCCUGUAUUUCUCUAUGAUCCCCAUCUCUACCCUCCCCAACCACAGUUCCUGUCCCCAGAUGUCCUGAUGCCCAGCGGGGCAGGGGAGCCCUAUAGACCCCCAGGAACUUCGAGGAGUGUCCAACACUUUCUGGCUAUGUGUGACAGGAGUGAAACUUCCCAAGGGAUCAAGUUCACAGGAAGGACUUUGAACUACCGGAGUCUUCCCCAUCGUUCCAGAACUGAUGCUUCCUGGGGGCCAUGGUCAGAAUCCAACCAGCACGCUGGAGCCAGAUUCCUAACUACUCCAGCAGGCACUCCGCAUUUAACCCACACUGCCACACUGCCAGAAAGAAGCCAGGGCCUUCAAGUUCCUCAUGCUCGGUCCUGGGGGGAUCUUUGUCAUUCACCUCCUCCCCUUCCUACUGCUCACCUGGUGUCCCCAUCAUCCAGUAGUCUUCAUUUACCCCUGAGGUCAGGUUGGAAUUCGGGUCCUGUCCAGGGGUCUCGAACACCUGGUCCUCGAAGAGUGGAUAUGCCCCCAGAUGAUGACUGGAGGCAAAGCAGUUACAUGUCCCAACCUAGGUACAGGAGGAUAGGGACAGGGGACGAGGGGUUUCCGUUUGUCCUAGCAGAUGCCCCUGGAAGAGAGCAGAAUAGGACUAGGAUCAUGCAACACAGCAGGUGGUAAGGGCUAUCCCUUGAUUUUCCUGGAGCCACACCUUUCUCUAUUCUAUAUAAAACUGUACAGCGCCAGAGUUGAUACCCUGCAUCCCUGCCAUGGUUGUGCUAUUCUCAUCCCAACAUAGUAUUGGCAUUUUCUGACUAGGCAUGGUGGAACACACCUAUAAUCCCAGCAUUUGGAAAGUGGAAGUGGGGAAAACUAGUUUAAGGCCAGAUCGGGCUACUGGAGACCCUGACUUUAAAAACAAACUAACAACAAAAGAUUUGACAGUUUCUCCUAGGGGAUUCCAGAACCUCUAUAGAGUCCUGGCUCUUGGAGAAUACUUGAAGUUUCAACUUUAGGACUGGGGAUGCAGCUCAGUCAAUAGAAUGCUAGCAUGCACGAAGCCCUUGGUUUGACCCCCAGCACUAUAUAAACUGGGCGCAAUGAUGCGCCUGUAAUCCUUGUGCAUGGGAGAUGGAGGCAGGAGGAUCAGGAGUCCAAGGUCAGCAUUGGCUGUAUAGUGAGAUUGAUCCCCCUAGCAAAAGGAAGUAUUUGCUGUUUAGGGCUUUAUUUGAGCCACUUUAAAAUUGAGUACAUUAUAUUAAUCUGGACACUAGCCAUUCCUUAUCAUUUUAAAGUCAUUAUUUUAUUCCUGCAUACUGCUAUGCCCCUACCUCCACCUUAUCCCUUAUUUUCUGGUCCCUACUAUCCUGAACUUCUAUCUUUUGUUUUUUCUCCCCAUCCCAAUUACCUUACCUUAGGUCUUCCCUGUAUCUCCCAUCCUUGGAUGGACACGUAUCCUUGUGGUCAUAGUUCUGACCACAUUAUUUAGGGCAGCCCACCUGUCCAGGUAUUAUGGCCUGUCAACUUUGGCUGUGCCCCAAACUUUAGGUCUACAUUGUGGAGCUGCCAACAUAACAUUUGCCCUUCUAAACAGAUAGAGUCAGGCAUACUAACAUACCCUCCUGUCCUCAGCAGCAGAGCCAUUACUGCCACUUGCUCAGUCGCCGUUGUAAACCUUCAGAAUCAGCUAAACUAUUUUAGGGCAAGACAUACUGUUUUUGUAAAGUAUUUUUCAUUAAUAAAUCUAUAAGAUAGUUCUAUUUAA